AUGGCUUCUGGUGACGACUUUUAUGAGGACCAUGUAAUGGAGAAGCUGAUGGAUUGCUUGAAUGACGCUAUAGAUGUCUUCCUGUCAUGUAAUGACCCCAAGAGUUGUUGUGAAAAACUCGAGAUCCUGCUUACUCUAGAUCAUGUUUACGUAUUUCUAAUGCCUAAUGGAGAAAAAUUACAUCAGCUCUUCAGAUUACACCCUCUUCACCAUGUCUCUUUGCAUGCCUACAUGACACUUGUUUCUGCAUAUAAAGUCUCUGUAAGUGAACUGCUGGCCCUAGACCCCGAAGGUGAUGAACAUCAAACUGAAGCUUUUAAUAUGAGUAGAGCGAGUGCAGCAUAUGCCUUGUUGCUUGCAGGUGCCACCCAGCAUUUAUUAGAAUCUGAGUCUUCUCUCAUUGUGCCUGUGUCAAAUUUUUGGACGACUGCUGGUGAGACUCUACUAAGUCUUGUCAGAAGCUCCGUGUGGAAGUUACUUUCAAUGGGAAGACACAUUGAGGAAUUUUCAUUUUCGUCGUAUCAAAUUUGUGGCAAAUGCUCACUGCUUGAUAGGUUUAGAUAUAAAUUUGCAGAUUGUCAUGAUGAAAAUGCAGAAUUUGUUGAUGUAACUAGCCAAUUUUUGAGUUGUGUUACCGAUACAACACCAAAAAUCUGGUAUUUCCUCACAGAGGAAGGUGGUUACUUGAAAGUAGUUGAAGAUCCCAUUAACUUUAGAUGGCUUGGGAGUAGGAUGCCAUCUUUUAGUCACUUUGCAACUCAUGCAACAAGUCCUAGUGCAGACAAAACAGAUUCUGGAUUGGAAGCAGAAGAUAAUCACAACGAGAUACGGGUAAAAUUGUUCCUGCUUUGUAUUCACUGCUUAAUCUAUGGAGCUUUUCUGUCAAAUGUAUGUUUUGGUCCUAAUUCGCCACUCAUGUCUAAAGUUGAAAGUCUUCUUAGUGUCGAAGGUAUUCUAAACAGUUAACUUAAGCCAUUGGUUGCCUACAAAUCCCAAUUGUGUGUCUAACAGUCUUUAAGUUGUUGGCUACAUGAUAAAUAGAAUGAAAUCUAAACUCAUUUUCUGGGCAUUCCAUGCCACUUAACUUUGCAUAGUAGUACCUUUUU